AUGCCUUUCCAAAAGUGCACUACCAUUAACUUCGUCAUAUGGCUUUCAGCAAACACCUAUACUUUGAUCGAGUUGUUUUACGAUUACGUUGUAAGCGUCUGUGUUAUUCGCGCAUUUCAAGCAAAGCUGAACUUGAACAAGGCAACGGAAGAUGGUUCUAAUGCCAGUGACGAUAUCAACGACGAUGCUAAUUCUACUGGUAGUGCACCUCUUUAA